UCGUGUUUUGGUUUACAAACGUUACUACCUAUAUCGCAUAUCAUGACACAUUCAAAAUUAAUGGUUAACUUUAUUCAAACAUGAGAUUAUAAAAAUAAAAAAAAACUAAUUGUAAAUAUUAAAUUUAAUUAAGAACAAAAAUGGUUGGAGUAGAAAUACUUAAAAAAAGCGAGCCUCAUUAUGUGCCUGGAUACGCAGGAUACUGUCCUCAGCAUCAAUUUAUGUGCGGCGAAAAUUAUGGUAGCCUGACGCAUAAACUGUUACUCGACCCAACUAUAAAUCAUGCAGAGAAACUUGUUCUCGUGGAUAACGCAAAAGAUUACGAGGUGGUCAAACCUACAAAAGAGGACAUCGAUAUCGUCAACUCGCGCUCUGAUAGAACUGACGCUGUAUAUGCACAUCCAAUGGUUUCUUCUUACGAUGGUUUUGUGCCAAAUAUGGCUGAUGUGCGCGAUAAGCCCUUUGAAAUUCAAGCUAUUCAAGGGGUUGCAGCCUUCGAAAGACAGCGAGUAAAGAGAAAAGCAUCGAUGGAUCGUUUAAAAACAAUUAUCGAUUUGCAAAGCGGCAAGAAACAUCCGGAAACUUUAGAAGAGCGCCUGCUACUUCGAAGCAAAUUUAAAUUGCCGUUGAUCGAUGUUCGCCCUGAGUACGCUGGUUUACAGAGAACUAUUCCAGUGGAUGAAAAAUUUGAAAAACCUAAGGACUACAAUACAUCCCCAUACUUUAUGGAUAAUCUUAACUCGCAAAAAUAUUUCAUCAAUGGAUAUACUGGAUAUCGACCAUACCGAAACACGCACUUUGGAAAAACUCAUAAAAAUAUGACGUCCGAUGGAUUACGCGACUUCACAUCGAAUUAUUUGUAUAAGAAAAGAACCGAAUGGGCUCCUGUAAGAGUUAGAACCGAAACGUCGGAAAAUUCUUACAUUCCUGUGAAAAAUCAUGAAAUUUAUAAGAAAGAUACAGCACUAAUGCCGACUUACACCGGUCACGUUCCUGGAGCAAAGUACAAAAUUGGCAAGACCUACGGAUACAGUUCCAAAAAUGCGCAUCACUACAUCGAAGAGCAACUAUUUUCUCACAAAUUGAAGUGCGAAAAAUCUGAACAACCAGUAAAAUAAGUGUGUAGAUUUUUAUUGUAAAUAGUAUAUUAAAUAACAAACGCAUGGAAACAAUAUUAACAAACUUCUGGUAUCUAAAAUAAUAUCUCUUUAUCACGUAAUUUCAAAUAACGCCUAAUACUUAAGAGUUAUCUUAUAAAAUGUGCAAAAUUCGCAAUCCUUUGUACAUUAUUCAAUCACAUUGACUGCACAAAACAGCAAUGGCAUCUCUCAUCUUUUGAUCCUGUAACUUUUACUGCUGUGAUUUCCAUUUCAUUAGAGUUUCCGCGGCUUUUUUCAAAUUUUCAUCUUUCUGCAAAGUGUUCAAAAUGAAAGUAUAAUAUAUAAAAAUUUGAAUAAAGAUACAGAAGUAAAAAUAUUUUUUCCAUAAUCUAUGUACCUUGAUAAAACAGUAACGAACGUUAUCUUCUCCUAAAUGCUUAUGCUCUUCACUGUAAAAAGCUGAUGGAGGAAUGCCCUGUACACCAACAUUUUUGGUCAUCCACUUAGUGAAUCUAUAAUCUUUGUACUUGUCAGUUUCUUCAUUAAGUUUAACUUUGUUUUCUAACGCGGUCCAGUUAGCUACCAUGAAAUAUCCACCCUCGGGUAUGGUUGGAGACAUACCAACUUCUGUCAGAAAUUUGGCCAUAUAAUCUCGUUUUGGCAAAAGUUCUGCUGCAAGACUAGUAAAAUAACAAUCUGGCUGUCCAAAUCGUUUUAGUUCUUCCUCAAAUCCUAUUGCAACAGCUUCCUAAGAUAUAAAUGAACGUGGUAUACAUUUAUUUUAAAAACCCUACA